CUCAUGCUCAUGACAAAAUUGUAGAAUAACAACCCAAAUGUUUGCAAGGACAACGGCAAACCUUGGAUCGAUCGAGUGGGUAAUUGACACUGACUCGGAAGCGUUGUCUAAACGGAGGAGAGGCAAUGAAGGGACGCACCCAGUCUAUUUGGUAGGGAAGGAAGAACGCUUGACAACAAACGACUGACGGAGCACACAACUUACAUGCAUCAUCAAUGUCGACUGAUUUUGCCGUGCUGCAGGGGCACGCUGCUCGGGUGAAUCGCAAUGGAGCAUCCCCCUAAAGACAUGAGCGGAAAUAAUCCUUCACUUAGUAGUAAUACAUGCAACCGCUAAGCUCUUGAAGACGAAAUGACAGACGAUUAUCCAAGAUUGCUUCUCCUGCCUCUCGGCCUCUGCUGCUCACUUUGUGGAUGUGGACCGCAGGAACUCCCGCUAAAGGACAUGUGCUUCUUGACAAGCCGCGUCGUGUCUCGCUUUUUGCUCGCAUGCGCUCAGUGGCUCGGACCACGCCUUUAACCUGUUACGGCUUGGCACUUUGAGAGCCCCACACACCUCUUUCUAUUAAUAAUACGGUCUCCAUCAGCUUUCGCCAUUCCCCUUCCUUUGUAAUGAAUACCUUGUCCUUUGCUUCCGCUAAUACUCUGUCGGGAAAGUCCAUGAAGAUACAACGGUUAGCGGUCGCAAGUGAGGCGGUUUCGAAGAGAGAGACUCGUUAAACGGCCGAAAGCAACAGUAAACUUUGUCUGGAAACGGUUGAAAGCUUGGAGCUGUGUUAUUGACUCUGUCAGUAGCCGUAUUUUUGUGCAGGGACUGAAGGCGUGCAGCUUUUAUGACAAUUAGAUUCGAAACAAGAGGCGUAGGAAAGAUUGUUGUGAAGGCAAAACGGGCCUCUCUCCGUCUGCAUUCACCAGUCCACGAAUAUCCCUUAUGUGGCCUACAAUUUCUAUCUUGUUGAGGUUAUGUACUACAUUGGUGCCCUGCCUGUCCGUCACAGCCCAUCGGUGUUCCGACCUUACAGUCUGGUAUCGUUCGUAUGGCGCCUUUCAGCUCCAUGAAAGCCAACCCAUGUCCAUCUAUGUUGUACUUAGGAUCCACCAGUGUUGAGUUUGCGUGCUGCUGUCUGCUGCUCGCUGUGCAUCCGCGUAUCUCCAUUUAUUUUCUCGCUUCUACGUCGGCCGGCCUGCACGUCGCCUGCGUUUUCUGCGAGCCACGCUGCAUCAGUGCCCUGGGAAACUGUUCUUCCGAACUCCGUCGGAUGGUUUGGCAUAUAUGGGUCCUUUUGUUAUUCGUCCCUCUCUGAUUUCCGAAAGAGACCGGGGGAUAGCAACCAUGAUGUCGCGCGUUCCUUUCCACUCUCCUCUCUUUGUCCUUCUUCAGGCGCUCAUCGAAGCCAGAAAACCCUCGUAGAUGCCUCAUAUUGCUCGCGUCCUUUUCGUUCCUUUGUAGAGAGUGGACGUGGUCUGUGCCUUUAAUUCAGACUGUCUUCUCGACAAAAGGCAUUCAUGCCAGCAUUUUCUUGUUGGCGAAGCCGAGACACGCCACAUGAGGAAGGUGGGAGAGCGAGAAGUUCCGAAAAUACUAUGUCGCUGGUUCACAAAAUGAUGCUUCGGUGUUUCCGGAGAAGACUGUCUGUAGGUCACACCCCAGCCGGUGUCGCUCCGUCACUCCCAGCGAAUCAGCCAGAGCGGAGGCAUGAAAAGGGUGAAGAAUUCACGCGUUUCUUCUCUUUUCCACACACAGUGGGGCUACCACGAUGUGCCUGGGACGUUGGCUCGCCACCCUUGGUCUCGUGUCCGUUAUUGGAGACCAGUGCAUGCACAUACAUGACUGUGAGACCGAAGCCGCGGAGGAAAGGGAGGACACGCCUGUCUUUCUCGCCAUCAUCUCGCGUAUCGUUUUUUCUUCCGCCCUUUUCGAGAGCGCGCAGUCGCAUCGACCCGCAGUCGUCAUUCACUGCGGGACAAAGCGACGCAAAGCUACCCCUCCCUUUGUGUCCACCUUCAGCCCUCAGUAAAACGUCGAAUGCGCAUUCUUCUUCCUCGAGUGGAGACGCGUCGUGGGCAACGGCGCUGGCACUUGCAGUCUGUGGCUGCGCCAUACCUGAAGACGACGCGAGAGACGCCGGCGGAGUUCAAGAAUUUCCGUUUGUUUUUUCGGAGGGAGAGCUCGAGGAAGAUGCUGAUCCAGACGACUUCUGGAGAGUAUCUGCCGUGAUUCAGAGCGAACCUGCGUCUGCGAGGAACGCUCCGGAAGGGUCAGGCCGACCGCGAAGCCCGGCCAGUCUAUCGUUCGUCAGUAAUGCAACGCCGAGAGACAUCACCGGAGGCGAAGCCGAAGAAAUGGGGGAGGCAGAAAAAGAUGACGUAGAAGACAAGCCGGAGGGAGGAAACAAAGAUGAAGCAGAGUGGAAGCAAACUCAGUCAAGAGGUCGCUUCGCUCUUCAGUCCGUGUCGGAACAGUGCUCUUGCCAGCACAGACCACAGUUCGGGGAACAUCUCCAGAGAGAUGAAGAUCCCCGAAGACAACGGGCAGAGACUGUUGUUGGGGGAGGUCACAGCAAAAGGGGCUCUUUACUUGCAAAGCGCGUUUUGCAGGAAUAUCGGAUAGACCGACACGUCGGGCUUGAAAGAGAUCCAUCGCUGCCAAUACAUCGACCUCAUCAGAACGGACCCCAGCCGGGGACGGAGACACCCACAGGCAACAGAGCAGACCCGUUGGACCAAGCCACGGAUCCUCAGAGAGAUGCGGCGAAUCUGUUUACAUCUUUAUGCGUUCGUCCCUGCGUGAUGGCACUGAAGGGUCGCUCCCCUUCCGCGCCUCAGGCUUGGUGGCGACAGCCUCUUGCUUCGUCCUCUCUAUCGUCCUCUGCUCCAGCUUUUUGCGAGUCUGCGACCCCGCCGGUUCUUGAUCGUGACCGAGAGCAUCGAACAACGGCGUCGCUUGCAGACUACGACAGUACUUACACUCCGUCUGCAGGUGGCAAUCAGGUUCCCCACUCAAGCAGUUUGGUAGACAGAGACGGCAUGUCCAGCGAGGUAAUCCAGCCGGAAAAAAACGGCGGGGAACUCGGCGACCGUCGUCCGAAAGAAAGGGAACGGGACAAGCACACUUUGAGUCAGCGUAUGACCGACUUGGUGCUUCUUUUCAAGACACCUCUUUUUAUGGCGACACCAGAGGAUCUGGACAUGAGAGAGGGUGAGAAGGGCCCCGCGGGUCUCGGGUCGGUUACGCUGCGAGCUACUCAGGUUUUGACAAGGCAGCUGGAGGAGUUGGCGCAAGUCACGAACCAACUCGUGUCGUGGCUGCGGCCGACAUUCCCCGAUUCCUGGACGUGCCGAGGGGCCCUUUCCGCGGUCGACGAGAGGAGACCGACAGAGGCAGAAGGCGUCGACUCAUACGUGGAGACUGUCUUCCGGACUCGAGCGGCUGUGGUGCGCUUUGUGCGAAGCAUGUUUUACCUGAUGGUUGCAGCCGCCGACUACAAGCUCACUUUCAGUCGUGUUGACCGGGUGUCCAGACAGCUCAUCGCUCUCCGGGAAGAGCGCGAGCGAGUUCGCGAACGUCUCGGAGCACGUGAAACACAAGCCCGUGAGGCGAACACCAGUGUCGCUUCCCUUCGAGGUCUCGCGAUUUCCGAAGCGAAGUCCGAAAAAGCACUACUGCAGAAAGCUGGAGGGGAUGCGGGACAGUCUGAAUUGAUUGGGAUCAAUACCGAGUCCGCACGUGACGCGAGCGGGAGUCUUCUUACAGGUGGUGGUCGCUGCGCUCUCCCCGCCUCUUCCCUCGUCUCGUCCACAGAACAGACUUUGUCUCUUAUUUGCGAGACCGAGUCGCAGACGACUCGCCCUGGAGGCGACAGCUCAAAUUCGUGGAGUGCUUCGGCGAUAAACCCGUACGUCGACGCCUCAUCGCAUCCACCUCGAGACUCCAUGGCGACCCGACUGGGUGAGUUGGCUGCGGAAAUUGAGGCUCUUAUAAAUACGAGAAAGGAACUUCUGUCAUGCGUGCACGAUCGUUGUGCACGACGUCUGCUUCACGUGUGCCGUUGCCACGGGGGGCUGUACACGAAGCUCGGCCAGUACGUCGCGACGAUGACGCACAUCAUUCCGGCUGCGUACACGGAGCACCUGCGCACGCUUCACGACGACGCAGCACGUACGCCGUGGCCCCUGGUGGCUCGGCUCGUGGCAACGGAACUGGGGGCGCCUAUUGAGGAUGUUUUUCUCUUUUUCAACCAGGAGGCCGUCGCUGCCGCCUCGCUGGCUCAAGUUCACCACGCACGGCUGCGGGACGGGCGGGAAGUGGCCGUAAAGGUGCAGCGACCGCGCCUGCGCGAGCAGAUGCAUGGCGACUUGAAAACCGUGGAGAUUAUGAUGCACUUGGUGUCCUGGGCCUUUCCAGACUUCGAGUUUCGAUGGUUGCUCCCCGAGUUCCGCCAAAACAUGCGCCAGGAAACUGACUUUCGACAGGAAGCAUACAACGCGAUGCGCCUGCGCUGGCUGUUCAGACACCAAAGUGAGGUGUACGUCCCGUGGGUCGACUGGGAGCGGACUACCGAGCGCGUGAUGACCAUGGAAUUCGUCCGGGGCCUCAAGGUGACGGACACCCCAGAGGCACUCGAGCGCGAACUCGGAGUCAAGCAGGAAGAUAUUGCUCGGCUGGUCAUGCGCGUCUUUGCCGACAUGAUCUUCGUCCACGGCUUUGUUCACUGCGACCCGCACCCCGGGAACCUCUUCGUGCGGGUGAUGCCGGAUGACGGAGAAGUGCAGGGUGAAGGAGCCUCCAGUGGGAUUACGAGAUACCACUCGCCCUCCGCGCGACACUUAGCCGAGUUGCCCUCUAUCGCUAGGCAAUUUCUUAUCAUGUCGUCUGUCAAACCCGUGGCUCCUACCGAAAAUAUGGGUGAGUCCGGCGAGAGAAGGGACCGGGGAAAGAAUGGCGAACUAGGUGAUGGGGUCUCGGGGGUGCAUGCAGUCCAAGGGAAGGAUCGACGUCAUAAAAUGGAACCCAAUGAGAGUCACUUUGCGAUUGCUCGAGACCAGCACAUAAACAGCCAGCUGAGUCCCUGCACCCUUGCCCCAAACGCGAAGAGAGGCCGAAGACGCCUGCAGCUUGUGAUCAUCGACCACGGGACCUAUUGCAGACUGAAACCUUCGUUUCGUUCCGCAUACAGCCAACUGUGGAAGGCGCUGCUUCUGAAUGACAUUGAAGAGGGCAGGAAGGCGUGCCGGGCUCUGGGUGCCCGCCUGGUGGUUUCGCCGGAUUGGAAACGAAGCUCGGCUCUCGCUGGAGGAAGGAGCGUCCCGGGAGAAGAGGUCAGCGGCGGACACGAAUCCGGACACGCAUGCGGAGAUCGAGAAGCAAAUGUGAGAGUGAAGGACUGGAGCGGUCUCGAAGUAAACCCAGAGAGAGAAAGCAAUACAGAAUGUUCUGCAGUGGCUAGCAGGAAAGGUGGACCGACCAGAAAGGAGAUGCGUGCGUCGCGGACGCACCGCAUUUCGUUUGAAGCCUCUGGUAUAACUGUAAGGAGCCCGAUUUGUGAGAUGGGUCUCCCAGGCGACGAGAGCGCCCAAAGCCACUCUGAUGCCUCAGGAUGCAGUCAAAUACAUCAGCUGCCCUUUCCUCUGACGAAGGAUUAUACUGCUCAGCGACGCCCGAGAAAACACAAUUACAUCACCAAUGGAGGUGUCGCUACACCCGGGGUUCCGGACCCCGACGAGGACGCUGCGCUUGACUUGCUGUCCCUGAUUCUGACUUACCGGCCACAGACUCGCCUUCUGUACACGGCAUUGGGGUCUGCAAUUCACGUGGAAGACAGGAAAGCUAUGAUUACGCAACUGCGUGGGACGUCGUUCUCCGCCGUGAACGCGUUUCUUGAAAGCCUACCUCGAGAUCUCCUCUGGGUUCUGCGAAUGACCAACAUUCUCCGGUCUCUCAACUUACAGCUCGGUGGCUUCACGCGCUCCCGGUUCCUGGCUAUGGGCGAAAGCUGCUGCCGGGGUCUCCAACUGUCGAACGAGUUGGUCGACGAAAUGGAGGCAGACUGCAGACGGUUCCUGUCCGUGCGCAAGGAGGAAGCAAACGGGAGCUUGGUGCAAACAAGGAGGCGCGCAAGUGCCGAAGUAGGCGGGAACGAGUGGGGGAACGGGAAAGGGGGGAAAUGGGCCGCAGAGGCGGGAGCCACGAUCCACCAAGCCGAGGAAAACACUGACCUAAGAGAACGGGGAGGAUCGACCUUGCCUCGGGCCGCAAGCGAGAAGGCCUCGACGGGAACCAGAGAACUGGUGCUGGGACAGAAAAACGCGGAUGGAGAGGCAUUCGAGAGAAUCGAGGCUGUGGCGCGGACAAGAGGUCGAACGGGGAUCGAAACGAAGACACCAACGAGAUCCAUUGAGGAAGAUAGCGGGGGCGAAGGCGCAGGAACGGGGGAAGCAAAGAACGGAGAGAAGCGAGAGGCGCCCAAGAAACCAAGAGCGUUGGACGGAGUUGCUGAGAGUACAACAGAGGGAAUUGAAGAGUUAGGAGGGGCCCAUUCAGAGUCAGUCCGCCAGCGGUCAGUUCCUAAGUGGUACACCUUACCUGGUGCAGAGAGUCUUAACCUUCCUCUCGCCUCCGACAUGCCUUGCUUUGCCCCCACGGGCUCCGUCAUGGCAGUGUGUCGAGCGCUGGACAUCCUCGUGGGUCCGGUCGUGUGGCUGGCUGAGACACUAAGCGGGCGAAGCCGCCUCGGCGAGGCGAGAGACACGCACAGGGGCGAGAACCCCACGGAAAUGGAAACGAGCAAAACUGUGUGGAGGGGACUGAAGGCGACAGUGCACACGAGAAGACGUGAGGCAGGUGAAGACCCCUUAGAGAAAAUAGAGUCCCAGAUUCUUGAGUGCAAUGAAAGACAAGCUCCUACAGGAGACGGAGGAAUCCAUUCAGAGAAGGAUUCAUCCGCUUGUUCUCGACCAAAUGAUUUUCCUCCUCCAGUGGCAUUUUCGUCUUUGUCGCCGUGGUCUGCCCGGGUGGCGAGAACUCUUUUGAAGGCUGUUCUCUCGCUGCAGCUGUGGUGGAGUCUCCAGUGUCUGCGGGUUCGACUGUGGCUUGCUGACGCCUUCCUGGCGUUAGCGGUCGCCCAGCUACCCGCUGGCGACGUGACUUUUGAGCAGGCAGGCGGGGCAAUAUCUUCCGAGUCUGUAUGGAACCGCCGUGUCCCCGCACUCCGACAGGACUUGAGCUCGGGAGAGGCGCGACGCUGGUUCAGAACGGAGUAGACAAGGGACAGAGAAAACGCACUCGCAAAAACGUAGGGACGCAUCCUGAUGAAUAUAUCUCCAGUUCUAAGAUUCAGACAGCUAAGUUCUACGCACCUUUACUGGUAAUGCCCAGCUAGUUAUCUAGGGGCACGCUCGAGGCCGAGUUUUAACUUCGUAUUCGCAGUGGCUUGCGAUGGAAAGGUUUCGGAAGGUAGCUGAAGUUCACUGAAAAAGAAAAGCAAGGGUGAGGAGAACGUGCAACCCCUGUCGUUGGUGGCAAGCGAAAGGGUAACGAAUGAGAUGCCACUCCACUCUAACGAUAACAUCGCUGUGUCACACAAGGCUGCCCUUUUGUCGGUAGUCGGGGCCAUGUAAAAACAUGCACAAUUAUUGUAAGGUACCGAGGAGCGCUGAGACUGUCGCGUUGCUCGCAGUGCGUAAACCAGUGUAAUGCGUGCACAUAUCCGCGGAUGUAGAUGAAGAUCCGCGUGGCUACUGGGGGAAGAAGGGACAGCUUGGGAGAAAAGUGACUGUGAGAGGCUCAACGGGAUUUUAGCCCUUUGAUACUCUGAGAGUGUUGACAGGGACGAUGUAUAAAUUGAGAUAAUUUGUACAGCUUUUGAACCUACUUGCCGCAUCAAUUAGCGCUCUUGUACUGGGAGCGACUAUAUUCGAGACCGGAGUUGUUUUUGUCGGUUUUAUUAGGGGAUUCGGAGUUGGGUUAUCGCUUCAGGUUGUGUCUGUAAUCGAAGUUUCACUGUAGUCGCAUCGCUUCGUGAACACAAUACAGAGUUGAGUUUUCUUCUUAGUAGCGGGAUACCAAUGUUAGUGUCCUGGUGUUCAAGCAGUUUGUAUGCAGAUGCUGGUUUUUUAAGUAGACGUGGGAUACCGCAGUGCUGAAUGCAGUUAACAUGAUGGCCAUGAACAACACAACAGGUCCAAGGCUUGUCAGUCGGUGGCAAGCAUUCUGCUGUCGCCUAAGGUCUCACAGUUGAUCGUUUUGUCCCAUCACCUUGUUUGUAUGUAUGAUUAUUUGCAAUUUCGUCUGCAUGUACAUAUACAUGAGCCUACUCGGCAAGGUCUGCACUGCAACCCGCGAAGCGUCCCGACCGGCGAUCCGUUUUCAAGGACGUGCUUCGCCUGUCAACCUCAUCUGAGAGAGACAAAUUCUGCACUAGGUCAAAGCCUAAGAGGUGCAUUCGCUUGGACACAUGCUAACGAUUGUCUAGGUGUCCAUGCCUUUCUGUAUCACGGUGGAGGGAGGGACUCGAAAUGUGGUCUGUGAAUGGGUGAUUAUUUGGGUACAUAAUGUGAUCUUUUUGAUUAUUAUUGGUAGUACUAUUCCACAAGUAGGUCGUCCGUAGUCGACCGACAGGGUGUCCAUUUUGCUAUAGGAUGCAUGGCUAUUUUAUUGAAUGACGAAUUUAUUUGUAUUUGUCUGGCAGAUGGACAUGCAUGUUUCGUGAACAUACACACUCCAAAGGAUUCUGGCCCACUCGCCGGUCAGCCGCUUGUGUGCAUGCAAACCUUCAAUAGAAUGCACAGGGAUAUUCACUCCAGAAAGAAAAGGUGUUCUCCCAAAGCCCAAACGCUUCCUGUUUUCGUCGGUUCCGCGACUGUUCCACAUAUUCGUAUAGUCAAAUGAGGAAAGCGGUGAGCUUCGAAACCGAAGACGGACAGUACGAUGACAAACACUCUUUGCCUGUCACCUACGUCAUACACACGGGGCUUACAGAGCCACUCCCUCGCUAUCAUCAUUGCUUCCCGAAGCUGGCGGACGCGGCUCCUCUUAUUUCUACGUGUUUCGUCUAAACAUCGUCCCCUUACACCUGAAUCAAAACGUCGUUCAAGAAAGACCCGGAGUACGAAGACCGACGGACAUGCACGAGCUAAGGCAAACGACAAAGAAACCAAUCUCCACAUCAAACAAGGAGAGACAUUACUAUCCUUGUCCCAUCGCCUGACUCUCCUCUGUGAUGUGCAGAAGAGUGGCAGACACACACAACGAGACGCUGGCAAAGGUGAACGUACGAAGGGACAAACGCAUCGGACGAAACUGGCAGCCAUUUCCAUGCUAUUCGUAUGUGAACAUAUAUAUAUAUAUAUAUAUAUAUAUAUAUAUAUAUAUAUAUAUAUAUAUAUACAUCUGCAGGCAUAGACAUGUAAACAUAUGCACGAUGUAUUGGUGAAAGCAUUUAGAUAAAAAUGUAUACGCUUACAUAUAUUUGUAUAUCUGACACCCUUACCUGCUAUCUCCAC